CUGGCCUCAGCCUCUCCCAGCAGACAGCUGAGCGUGGUGGGACCCCUGCCUGUCCCUGGGGCUGAGUGCAGGGGACCUCACCUUCAUCCUUCCCCUCUUUGCUCUUGAGAGGCAGCUGGAGGGGGUAAAGCCAGCUUGGAUGCCCUGAGUGCCACCUUCAGCCUGCCUCCAGGGCCCUGAGUCCCACCUGCGGCCCGCCUCUAGGGCUCUGUGUGCCCCUGGCCUGCCUGUCUCUAGGGCGGCUCUGUGUGCCUGCAGGCAUCCGUCUGAACCUCAGUUUUCACGUCUAUAAAAUGAGCCUCAGGGUCGUUUCUAAAACAGAGCAAACUGAAUCAUCGGAGUUACACUGUCCCGGAAAAUGACUGGGUGACCGAAUCAGACAUUUUGAAAUUUUGCUUAAAGCAACAAAGAGCUGUAAAACCGGGGCUCCACAUGGCACCUGUGGGUAAGGGCGACUCAAGAGUGACCACAGCCCUCUGGGGGCCGAGGUGGUGAAGGAGGGGCAACUUGUCAUCCUAGUGGCCGCCAAAGUACACCUCUUGGUAGUGUUAGAGGAGCGAAGGGCAGGGGCAGGAACUUGCCGGCAGGGCCUGGGCUCAAUGGGCCGUGGCAGCACAAGCAGCAGAGAGGGGAGGUUGGGGCAGCGCCUGUGGAGCUGACCCUGGCACUUCAAUCUUUGGCUGCGUGGACCUCAGCCCUUCCCAUCCGCCCCCUGCUCUCUGCCAACCUGACACAAACACUUCCCUUCUGUGGAUCUUCAGGCCCAUAAAUACCAGCCUGUCUGCCGGUUAGACACCAGCCAGGGUGCCCGGGAAGCCCAGCUCCACAUCAGCAGGAGCAGGAAAAUUGUCUCCUCAGAGAAAGGGCCACUGGGGUGCAGGUGGGGACAGAGCUGAGACACCCCCAGCCGGUCACACCUCCUGGUGCCGCCCCACGCCAGCAUGUGCUCACUGCCUGUACCCCGGGAGCCCCUGCGCCACGUGGCAGUGGCCGGGGGCACACAUGGCAAUGAGAUGUCGGGCGUCUACCUGGUGCGGCACUGGCUACUGGCCCCGGCAGAGCUGCAGAGACCCAGCUUCUCCGCAGUGCCGGUGCUGGCCAACCCCGCAGCCACCGCCGCCUGCCGCCGCUACGUGGACCGCGACCUCAACCGCACCUUCGCCAGCACCUUCCUCAAUUCCAGGCCUACCCCGGACGACCCAUACGAGGUGACGAGAGCCCGAGAGCUGAACCAGCUGCUGGGGCCCAAGGCCUCGGGCCAGGCUUUUGACUUUGUCCUUGACCUGCACAACACCACGGCCAACAUGGGCACCUGCUUAAUCGCAGACUCCUCCCACGACGUCUUUGCCUUGCACCUGUGCCGCCAUCUGCAGCUGCAGUACCCCGAGCUGUCCUGCCAGGUCUUGCUGUACCAGCGGUCCGGGGAGGAGAGCCACAAUCUGAACUCCGUGGCCAAAAACGGAUUGGGUCUGGAGCUGGGCCCCCAGCCACAGGGUGUGCUGCGGGCUGACAUUUUCUCGAGGAUGAGCGCCCUGGUGGCCACAGUUCUGGACUUCAUCGAACUCUUCAACCAGGGCACAACCUUUCCGGCCUUUGAGAUGGAAGCCUAUAGACCCGUGGGCGUCAUGGACUUCCCCCGCACUGAGGCUGGGAACCUGGCAGGCACCGUGCAUCCUCAGCUGCAGGUCAUCCAAGUAUCUCUCUCCAGGCCUUCCCUUUCUGAAUGUUCCAGGAUCUGGCAAUCCUGCUUCCACACCUGUCCCUUGGGUGGCUGACAAGAACCAACUGGCUGCUGCUCUGCUUGCUGCCACACGGGGUCGCUGUUGAAUAGGGUCUGGUGCAGUCUUGUGGCCUUUUGUGCCCUGAAGUUUCAUUUUGAGGGGUUCGUUACCUUCUUACAAAUAGAGGCAGCACCAUGCUGUCCAUGUUUAGGGCUAGAGGGUCUUAACCCAGCCAUGCUCAGCUAACUUGCAGAUGUUAAGCAAUAACAGUCAAUUUGGGUGGCUCCUCCAACAAUUUUAGAAUUUAUUUUAUUUAUUAUUAUUAUUAUUUUUUUUUGAAAUAGAGUCUCACUUUAUCAUCCAGGCUGGAGUGCAA